UGGCUUGACUUCCUCUUUUUGGUAUGGCUGUAGGCUGUAUACAAGAACGCAGGAUUCGCGUGGUGCUGCUCUCAGUUUCACAGCAGCAGCAGCCAGCAGUGCUUGAAGACAAUUAUAUCUAGAAAACACGCCGGAUUCCCUCUGCAGUCAAGAUGAGUGCAGGGGAUGUGGUCUGCACCGGCUGGCUCAUCAAAUCUCCCCCUGAGAAGAAACUAAAGAGAUAUGCAUGGAGGAGACGAUGGUUUGUUCUUCGAAGAGGACGUAUGAGUGGGAAUCCAGAUGUGUUGGAGUACUACCGAAACACGACCUCAAAGAAGCCCAUCCGCACCAUCGACCUGAGAGAGUGUGAGGUUCAGAUGCAGACGGAGCAACGCCUGGUCAAGAGGGAGUUCCAGAACCAGCACCUCUUCGUUAUCAAGACGUCGUCUCGCAUUUUCUACCUGGUGGCCAAGACUGAGGAGGAGAUGAACAGUUGGGUCAGCCAGAUCAGGGAAAUCUGUCACUUUGGACCUCUGAGUCUGGAUGAUGGGACAGAAUCAGAGGAAGUUUUCUCUCACACCCCAACCCCCCAGCAGGUUUCACCAGCUCUCUCCCGAAGUAUGUCAUUCAUUUCCAACCAUGACUUUAUGGCCAAUGGCAACAGCAGAGUGGAGAUGCCGAGCCAGAUGGAACCCAACUAUCCACUGGACUACCUCUUCCUCUCACAGUGUGAGACAGGGAGGUUCAGCAUCUCUAGAUGCGACAGCUUUUCAAAUUCGGAGAGAUCUCUGGAACAAAAUUCAUCAGACGCUACUACUGAAGAUGUCUUCUCUUCACCCCUCGGCACUGAUCCUUCUCCGUCUCCCUUUCCCCAUACUGGACCAUUUCUGUCCCCCUUCCCUCACACUGGACCAUCUCCGUCCCCCUUCCCUCACACUGGACCAUCUCCGUCUCCCUUCCCCCACAUUAGGAUGCAUGACCCCCCUUUCAGCGCACCAUGUGGCCCCACGUCAACCUCAUCCUCUCCUCGAACACUCCAUCGUACACCGAAUGUCUUCCAGUUUGACAAGCCAUACUCUUCUGCCAUAUUGGAGGCAACUAGUGAUGGACUAACUCCCCCUCCUCUACCCCCCAAACCUGUCCACCUCUCAGAGCACCUCAGAGAUGACGGCUCCCACGGGCCUCUGGCAGGAAUUAGGCAGCAGCUCACAGGCAAACCUGCACUCAUCCCCCGGAGGAUCUCUCUGUCAGGCCUGCCAGACCACUUCAGAAGAGGAGACAUUGAGGGGAGUGCAUUGAGGAGCAGGAACAAAAGGCUUAGUCUCAAUUUGCCACAUUUCAUUGCCACUCAAAGUCCUAACUGCCAUGAGGACUCUUACGUGUCCAUGGCCUCUCCGCGUGUCUUUGUUGGUGAAGAUGUAUCGGACGGCUACGUCCCUAUGAGCCCCACUACAAUCAGCUUCCUCAAGGCUAAUGGCAAAACAGAGGCCCCUCUCGCUCCCACCCCCCUUCCCAUUGCAGAUCUACCUGGGGAUCUAGAACCACCUCCAAUCAACAGGGAUCUCAAACCACGCAGGAGAGCACGGCCUCCACCACUGGACCUGAGGGGUCUGUCCACUAUCAGAGAAUGUCUGACUCAUAUGCCUUUGAUUAGAACCAUGACAGAGCCAGAAAAUUCACUGCAAGGAAAACUGGGAAUUAAAGGAGACCAAGAAGCCAGCAUUCCAGUAGAGUCAAGGCAACAGUUCUUCUCUACAAACGAGGGAGCCUCCCAGCCGUGGCUUAGGAGAUCAAACCUUGACUACCUUUCACUGGAUUUCAAUUCCGCAUCCCCCUCUCCUGUGCAAAAGAAGCCCUUACUUACUGAUGAACACAGGGUGGACUAUGUGCAGGUGGAUGAGAAAAAGACUCAGGCCCUGCAGAACACUAAGAUGGAAUGGAAGGAUGUCCGGCAGUCUAAAGUGUAAAUCAGACGGAGAAAAAGUAAGAUGGGAUAAAACACAAAUACUUUCCAUUUCACAAAACAAGUGGAGCAAAUGCAACAUCACAUUAAAUAUAUGUCAUAACAGAUGGUAGCUUAUCUCAAAGAGAGCAGUUCUUCUUUCAUGUACAAAAUAAAAGCACUUUGAAAUUGAUCAGAUAUAAACAUCUAUGAGAGAAGAAAGUAGACGGUGUUGUCAAAAAAGGUUUAAAUUACUGGUUUGUAGUUUGGGGCAUCAACAUUCACUGUAAAAAUAUCACAUCAAAGUUACACUGUGAAUGUCACCUUACCAUGCACUGUGUCACAAUGCUGUUUUGUAUCAAAUGUUAUGCAAUGAAAAGGACAUUGCUCAUUGCUCAUUAUUUUGCUGAAACAGAUUGUAUGGAUUCUUAAUACACAGGAAUUCAGGGAUUAUGUUUUUAUAUGAACAAUGGUCUGAGUUUGAGAUCAUCUUAAACCAAAUGAACACGUGUCUAAGUGUUAGCCAUGGAAUCCUAAAGACAAACAUGCAUUAAUGCUUCUGCCCAGCAUAUUGCAUUUGUUGUUGUUUUUUAAGUUCUGAUGCCUUCGAUUGGCAGCCAGCAGGAAUAGAGCCAUGCAAUCUGUAGUCAUGCACAUAGGGAGUGAAUGGAGUAGUAUCUAUCAUUCAGAGAACUCAUACAGUAUCAACAGGAUGAAAAUCUCAGACUUGAUACUGUGUAGGCCUAACAGUACUGUGUUGUUACUGUUUAGUAGAAGGCGAAUGUAUGCAUGCGUCUAACACACAACAUUUGUCCCGACCUUGUCCACAUUCUUAUUGUGCCCACAUUUUCAGACAGGUGUAGAUGAUUGAAAGACGCAUUGUGAUCUGAUCUUCUUGACCACUUCUGGAGAUAGUCAAGGACCCACUGUGUCUGGAUAUCUUACAAGUGCAGACGGAUCUGGACAGUGAAAUCAUCAUUAUCCCAUCUUCUAAAACCAUUGACUUAUGGAAUACAUUCUUUAAAUGUAUUUUACCUAGUAAGUUAACUGAGAACACAUUCUCAUUUACAGUAACAAUAGUUACAGGGGAGAAGAAUGAAACAAUUGGAAACUUGGGAUCAUUGGGUGGCCAUGAUGGUAUGAUUUCCAGAUUGGGAAUUCAGCCAGGAAACCAGGGUUAACACCCCUACUCUUACAAUAAGUCCACAGGAUCUUUAUUGACCAGAGUCUCAGGACACCUUUUUAACAUCCCAUCCAAAAGACAGCACUCUACACAGGGCAAAGUCCCCAAUCACUGCCCUGGGAUAUAUUUUUUAGACCAGAGGAAAUUG